GGGGAGUGGAAGAGUUCCAAAGGAGCAGGGAUGCAGAACAGAACUAGUCUCGUUCUCUGUGCCCUUGCUCUCCUGAUGGGCUUCCUGAUGAUCUGCCUGGGGGCCUUCUUCAUUUCCUCAGGAUCGAUAUUCAACUGUCGAGGGAAACUGAUCCUGGCCUAUAUGCUUCUGCCACUGGGGUUUGUGAUCCUUCUGAGCGGAAUUUUCUGGAGCACCUACCGCCAGGCAAGGGAAAGCAAAGGGGUGUUCACCCAUGUGCUCAGAAGACACCUUUCUCAUGGGGCACUUCCCCUGGCCACAGUUGACAGGCCAGAUUUCUACCCUCCUGCGUAUGAAGAGAGUCUUGAUGCCGAGAAGCAACCUUGUCCUGCAGAGGGAGACGCCUUGGAUGUACCUCCACCUCUGUACACAGAGAUGGGCCUUGAAUUUGAGGAUGCAACGGAUGCCCACCCGGAGGCCCCACCUUCCUAUGACGAGUCUGUAGCAGGUGGGGUGCUGGCAGCCACACCAUUGCAGGAUGCUGAGGGGCAGAGCCGGGGAUGCUGAAGCAGGGGACACGCCCUCGUGCUCCGGAUGCACCUUCAUGGGCUACAGCUGCUGAUAAUAAACGUGGCCACUGGACUAUGGGAGGGAAAGUGUCUUCUGGGACCCCCAGGAGUGCCUGCCGAGGAGAUGCUGGGGAUGACUGCCGUGCAGUUCCACCGAUGUGCUUGGCCUGAAAGGGCUCCAGAGGGGUGUGGUCGGCAGCCGGCAACAUUUCAAAGGAUUCGCACUAAUCCCAGCCCAGGUGGGCUUUGGGACUGCUUUUAGAGCUCUGCUCCAAGAGGCUUUUGGCUCUCACUCAACCCCCUCCCAUCACCUCAGCCCCCAGGGGGAAGGAAUAGGUGCUGCUCGUGGGGCAGCCAGCCACCUUCAGGCACUGCAUCACCCAACAAUCGCAAAAGGAAAGCAGGCUGGAAACAAAGGGUCAUUGUGGUUUAAUCUGCGGCUUUGGUUGGCUGGUGUCACAGUUCUCUCCAUUCACCGUAUUACCAGAGUGACACCGUAAUUCGCAUUGUGGGAGGUGUGCUCUUGGAAGCCAUGAAUGUUACUUCAUACUACUUAAUUUUAAUUAUGUGUAUUUUACUUCUACGUGGAAAACAACUACAAUAUUUCCUUUCAAAAUGGCUCGAACACAAAAUUUUCAAUGAAUAUCUUAAAAACAGGAUGGUUGUACAGCAGAGAUGACAAGGUUUCUUGGAGACUCAAGUGGGACAGACAUAACACUUAAAAUUCAUAAGACAGAAUACAGAAGGGAAAACUGUACUAGUCAUAAGUUGUAUUAACAUAGAUUUUGACGUAAAUAUUCAAAGGCAUUAAAAUAUCCGUGUGUAUUUCAACAAAUCCCCCCCCCACCCCCCGCAAAUCUCUAGAAUCUGAAAGAAAAGAGACUAUAUUGUAGUACUUUGAUCCUUAACCGAAAAUUCUUGAGGGUCUCAAGAUACAGACCCAUAUGCAUUUUUAGACUUGGGACAUUUAUUUUAAAAACCACGGAUUCGUCCUCAGCUGUAUUAUAUUUUAUUACAUGUUUUAACACACGAGGACAUGUUGGGUGGCAGGGCAGUGGGAAGAGAGGCAGCCUGAUGUUUUAGAGCUUGGACAAGAAUCUUCAUCUGUCUGGGCCUCAGUUUCUUCCUCAAUCAAGUGAGGAAUUUAUGCUACGAUUGUUAUCUAACAAUUAUGGAAUGUCUUUUAUAUGACAGGUUCUGUGCUGUGAACUUUUUUGUGCUUUUUGUUUAGCCCUCAUUAUACCCUUCAGAAGUAAGUGCAAUGGUUAGUCCCAUUUUACAGAUGCAUAAACUGAGACUUUGAAGGCAUUGAGAAACUUUGCCAAUAGCGUACAGUUGUUUCCAGUAGAGGGGCGUGAGUGUAUUUACUUCAAACAUUUGUGCUAGGUUAGCCCUGUCUUAGCUCCCUUCUCCCACGGAGCAGUCUGGACUUCUCUCCAGAUUCAGAAAGUGGGCCCCAUCAGGAAGUGGAGCCCCAGGAUUGGUACAAUACCUUACAACCCUUGGGGAAGCCAGAGAGCUUGCUCUAGCAUUCUCUUUUAUAUUUUUUAACUUAAAAAAGACUUAAAAUUUUUUCAUUGUAGUUGACAUAUAAUAGGGUUCUCUUUUAACAUGUAAAUACGCCCUCCAUGUUUUCUGCCCAGGAGCUUGGCCCCCACCUCUUUGUG